AUUUUUUGGUGAUCAAUUCUUUUGGGGAUCAGUAAUUAGUAAAAGUGGUGCUGGUCCACCACCAAUACCUGGUAAACGUUUAAAUAUUCAUGAUUUAACCGAAGCAUUUAAAAUUGCACAUGAAUCAGAUACACGUGAAGCUGCUUACAAAUUAAGUGUUGCAUUUCAACAUGAAAAUGGUUGUGAAAAUGCUGUUCGAUCAUUUCAUGCAAAUUUACCAUUAAGUAAAAUGUAUAGUGAUCUUGAAUCAUCAUUUAGUGCAUGUUUUCGAUUAAAUGAUUAUAAUUUACAAAUAUCACGUCCAGUUGCACAAGUACUUGUUGCUGCUGAAGCUAUUAAAGAAUCUCAAUUAACAUUACUUGCUACUCGUGAUUGGAGUACAUCAAUGUAUGAUGAUCGUCCACAUAUACUAAUGCAUGGUUUUCUAAAACAUGGACAUAAAGCUCUUCAAAAUUUAUUUAUUGAUACUCCACAAGGUUUAAGAAAAGCAGCUAAUUCAACGAGUAUAACAACAGGUACACUUGAUGGUACAGAAUGCAUUAUUAAAGGUAUUGGAAGAAGUAUUGGACAUGUAUAUGUUGGUUGUUUAUCAUUUUAUGGUGAAAUAACAGAUGUACUUGAAUAUUUACCUGAAUUAUAUGAUCCAUAUUCAGAUUCAGAUAAACGUAAAAGACCACAGAUUAAAAAUUUUAGUUCUGGUGCAAAAGCUGCUGAACUUUCUAUAUGGCAUGGAUUUAAAGAUGGUAUUACUGGAAUUGUGACUAAACCUCGAACAGGUUAUAAAAGACAUGGUAUUUUAGGUGGUGCAGCAGGUGCAGCUGCUGCUAUACCAAAUAUUGUUAUUAAACCUACUGUUGGUACACUUGCUUCAUUAACUUGGUUAGGUCGAGGUAUAUAUGCUGGAACUAGAAGAUUAUCACGGAAUAAACGUGCAAAUUCAAAUAAUCAAUUAACAGUAUUAAAUACACCUCGAUCUAAACGAGCAUUAUCUGAAUCAAGGAUUUUAAUUGACAAUACAUCACCUGAAGGUUGUGCAUCAUUGAAAUCAGGUUUAAGAAUUGAUAUAUGUAAAAAAAUAUUACAUGACUUCGAAAGAAUUAAAAAUCGAUAUACUUCGAAAAAUGCUAAUGAAAAUUCAAAAGAAACAAAGAAAACAAAAUCAAAAAAAAUAUUUCAACGUCAACGUAGUCAUUCAGCAACACAUCAUUAA